AUCAUUCCGUCCCCUCGUCCCACCCCCGGUCCCGAUCGCAUUGCUUGACCAGCGAUUUCCCACAAGGCUGAGAGGAAGGGCACCACUACACCAAGCAACCAUGCAGCCGGCUACCAGAUCGAUAGCCAUCGCCGCCCCGGCCUCUGCGGCCUUGCGCACAGCUACCACUCCAUUCAUCUGCCUUGGCUGCCGGUCCGUGCAACGGAAACAACAACGGCGACCAUUCUCGGGCACCGUCUCUACACAAACGGAUCUUCGCGCCGGCCUCACCAAACUUUCAUCGCGGCGCUUGAUCUCCGUCUCCGGCCCGGAUGCCUCCAAGUUCCUUCAGGGUGUCAUCACCAACAACAUCAACGCUCCACACAAUGCCGACGGCUUUUAUACCGGCUUCCUGACAGCUCAGGGCCGUGUGGUCCACGAUGUCAUCAUCUACCCGGAUGACCUGGGUCCAGAGCCAGGCAAGCAGAGCUUCCUGAUCGAGGUUGACGCCGACGAGGCUGCGACACUUCACAAGCACAUCAAGCGCUACAAGCUGCGCUCCAAGUUCAACUUGAAGUUGCUAGACCCGGAGGAGCGUGCUCUCUAUCACUCAUGGAACGAUGUAGACCAGGCCGGACCAUGGACUAAGCUGGUCGACGAGGUACAAAAAGAUGGCAACGCAAGGGCUGUCCCGGACCCGCGUGUUCCGGCCUUCGGCUCCCGUCUGGUCGUCAACCAGACCUCCUCUUCCUCGCCACUAACAGACGGCGACCUGACACCCGAAUCAUCUUACCACCUCCGCCGUUUCCUCCUCGGCAUCCCCGAAGGCCAGUCCGAGAUCAUCUCCGGCACCGCUCUCCCUCUCGAGUCCAACAUGGACGUGAUGAAUGGUAUCGACUUCCGCAAGGGCUGCUACGUCGGCCAAGAGCUUACCAUCCGCACCAAGCAUCGUGGUGUUGUCCGCAAGCGCAUCCUUCCUUGCAUCCUCUAUCCCGAGGGUGCCGCCCCGGAGAUCCCAGCUGACGGACCUGGGCAACUGGAAGCGCUGGAGAAGCUCUUGAAGCCUGAGGUCGAACAGGGAGUCAAGGCAGAGAUGAUUCCUCAAGGUGCGAGCAUUGACAAGGUGGACAAGAAGUCAAGGAGCGCCCCCGGCAAGUGGCUGAGAGGUAUUGGCAACGUCGGACUGGCGCUGUGCAGGUUGGAGGUGAUGACGGAUACCGUCUUGCCAGGAGAGACACCGGGCACGUAUAGCCCUCAGCAGGAAUUCGUGGUCAGUUUGGGUGGAGAGGGGGGGAGUGAAGUCGAGGCAAAAAAGGUCAAGGUUAAGGCCUUUGUGCCGUUCUGGCUGAGGGAUGUGUGGAGAAUCGAAGCGGAGAAGGCGGAAGAGGAGAGAAGGAUGAGGGAGGAGCUGUUGAGGGACCGGGGAUUGGAUGUUGAAUAAGGGUCGAACAGUCAACCGAC